CGGAUAUUGAUGCCACGCAUUAGAUACAUGUCUGACGGAAACAUAUGUAGAUGUCACGGAUAUUGAUGCCAAGCUUUACGUACACGUCUCGUGAAAACAUACCUAGUGGGUGAGUGAUUGGAAUGCAUACAUUGGAGUUACGGUUGACAAAUCACCAUUUUUGAGACUUGUGAUCAUUCAGCGGGUAUUUGCUGGGACGUGACAACGUGUGUGCCCGUAUGCGAAUAGCCAUCUGCAGUGUGUAUGUUGCAAGGAUUUUGGAACAUUUGAAGUAACUUCAACAUGUCUACUACGGGUUCCAAACAGGGGUUGGCAUCGGAAAUGACUUUCACCAAGGGAAGAAAUCGUGACAGGUGUAUCCUUGGUUUGGUAAUUGUUGGCGGGGUAGCCCUACUGAUCGGACUCGCCGUGGCAAUCCCCAUGUCUAAAAGAGAUACUCACACUGCACCAUCCCAUCUCGAGUCCGCCAAACAGUUCUUACAAACAAAUGUGUUGAUCGAUGGUCACAAUGACCUUCCAUGGCAGUACCGCCGAUAUGCAUACAAUAAGGUGAAUGACAUCAAGUUGAACGAAGACACACGCAUUGAGUGGCCCCCAGGGACACCCAUGAACGAUAACUCCUACGAAGCGAUAUAUGCCCAGACAGACAUCCCCAGAUUAAGGGAGGGUCGAGUAGGAGCACAGUUUUGGGCAGCAUUUAUCAUUUGUGCUUCUAGAGCUAAGGAUGCAGUGCGACAGGGAUUUGACCAAGUUGAUGUAAUCCACAAGUUUAUCGCUAAGUACCCCGAGACCUUUACAAUGGCUUUGACUGCAGAUGAUAUUGAAACAACAUUUGCAAACGGUAAAAUUGCUAGUCUGAUUGGCUUAGAAGGUGGUCACAUGAUCGCAAAUACCCUCGGUGUUCUACGGAUGUUUUAUCAAACUGGUGUUCGUUACAUGACAUUGACACACAGUUGUGAUAUCGAUUGGGCCGAUAACUAUAAGGCGGACGAAAAUGGUGGCGUAUCUAAAGGCCUCACAGACUUCGGUAGGACCGUAGUCCGUGAAAUGAACAGAAUUGGGAUGAUGAUUGACUUGUCACACGUGUCACAUCAGACAAUGCUUGACGCCAUGGAAACAUCAGAAGCUCCUGUCAUCUUUAGCCAUUCAUCAGUAUUCUCGCUUUGUAGCCAUUACCGCAAUGUCCAGGACGAUGUACUCCUAAAGCUGAAAGAAAACAAUGGUAUUAUCAUGAUAAACUUCUACACGGGUUACAUCAACAAUGCUACGGACCACCGAAAUACAACCACAGUAUAUCAGGUAGCAGAUCAUAUCGACUAUGUGAGGAAUCUGAUAGGCGCUGACUAUGUCGGUAUGGGAGCUGACUACGAUGGCGUGGCAACCAUGCCAAUUGAACUCCAGGAUGUUUCUACCUUUCCUGUUCUGUUUGCCGAACUAAUGAAACGAAACUGGUCCACAGAGGAUCUUGUGAAGCUUGCUGGAUCGAACUUGCUCCGGGUGUUUCGGGCAGUGGAAAAGGUACGUGAUGAAAAGAUAGCGAUGGCUCCUUUUGAAGACAUCAUCGAUUCUGCUGAUUUCGUGCUGCCUCACUUCAAUUGUACCACUAGUUUCUAGAGCUUCCAAUGGAUAAGUUAUGUGAUUGGUAUGGUUUGGUUUUAUGUGUUUAACGUCCUAUUAACAUCUAAGGUCAUUUAAGGACGGCCUCCCGUGCGUGCGACAUGCAUGCGUGUGGUGAGUGCGUAUGUAUGUUUUGGGAGGAUACGGUAAAUCGGGUAUAUAGUAAUAAAACCCUAAAAAAAUCAACACUAUAAUGGUCAUUGGAGCCAAAAAGAAGUGAAUACAAAUUAUUUUGAGUAUAAAAGGUGAAGACGUGAAUAUCUAUUUGUACAGUUUUUUUUUUUUUGUUUUUUUUUUUUGCACUCAGAAAUGAUCUGAUUGUCAGCUCUAUUAUAUGGGUACAAAGCGACAUACAAAUAAUAUAUGUAAUAUUUUUGUGAUAUUGUUAAUUUAUUCAAUUAUGUUUUAUUUAACAUUAUCAUAUAAAGACAGAAAGAUAAUAGAGAGGGGAGAGAGAUGAAUCUGGAGGGGGAGAUAUACUCUGGAGGGGGAGAGAGACGUGAGGGAGGAGGAGAGAGAGAAAAAAAACGAGAGGCAUAGAGCUGAGGAGGUAGAGAUUGAGAGGAGAGCGAAAGAAUGUGUGUUGAGUUGAAUAGAGGAGAGAGGGUGUCUUGUGACAAAUACAAAUAUAUGUCAGAAAUGGAAAUAAUUUGAAUAUAUGAUACAUGGUAAGGAUAGGAGAAUAGCUUAAAAUAUAAGGAGUAUGAAAUAUUCAAGGUAGAUAGCUACAGUUACUUUUAGUUUAAAUGAAAAAGUGGUUAAGGCUACUUACUCAACUCUGCUAUACUGACCAACAGCUUUCAGAUUGUUCAAAAUUUUGUAUAUGUUUAAGGUUUUAAAAUAACCUUUAGCCUUGCCAUGCGUUUGUGAAACUUCUUUUGUAAGACGUUGAUCAAUGCAAUCUAAUAAAAUUGUUUAACGGUAAAUGGUUCAUUGUAUAAUAACUGAAUUAUUUAUACUUAGCUGAGCAUUACAAAUCAUAUGUGAAGAACAUCUUGCUGUAUUUUGUCAGAUGCAGAAGAAAUUUAUGUAAAUAUAUUCAACUUGUUUUUCAAUUUUCGCAUGGUGAGGCAACUACCUUUUUGGGCCAAAUAUUUCGGUGAAAGUGUCGGUACAAGUUUCCUCAGUGGUCUACAGUUCAUUCAGAUAUUUUCUAAUUGGGAUUUGUAUAUUUCAGUGAAUCCCCUCCUCCCUUAUGUAAUCGCCAUAUCAUCUUUAUUAGGAAUAAUACUGCCUGCUUUGUUUAACUUAUUAUGUAGAUCAGUAUGUAUCCCUUCUUUUUCCAUAUGGAUGAUUUGACAUACAUAAUAGCUAUGCAUAAUUAUUGUUGGUUAUAUCAAGGUUACAUAUCAUUUUGGUCAGCCCUUAGCAUCUAGUUUAGAUCGACAAUGUAAAAGGGAAACACAACUAGUUUUACAAUAGCCAUCCGUUAUUCGAUAUGUAAUAAAAUGGCAUAUGUCAUAUUUUUAACAUAGGUUAUAUUUUGUUAUUGCUGAAAUAAUCAUUUUUGUCUGAUGCUGUACUAAAUCUUGGUAACAAUCAGGUGGGUAUUCCAUAAGGGAAGAUUCGUGAGAUUUUUAUUCCAUCCGUUAGGAUCGUUCAACGAAACCAAGAAGCUCUAAUUUUAGUUUAAAAUUUGUUUCAUCAUGGCGGCUAACUAAAAUGAAAAUGUUUUGAAAUAACAUGGUACUUUUAAGUUUAACUUUUAUAUGUAAAUCAGUGUCUUAUGCUGAAUAUAGAUAUAUAAUAAAGAAAAACAAUACGCUGA